GGAUAUAAACCAUAUGAUAGAUUAAAAACCUCAAUAUAAAAGGCAGCUGCAAUUCCAAAAUGAAAUCACUUCACUCUCGUUUCUAGUCGGUAAUUGUAACUACGAAAAUGAUUAGAGCAAUAAUAGUUCUACUGGCUGUAGUGUCAGCAGCGAUCGCAACUCCGAUCGUUGUGAAUCCAUCUGGUCCUAGUGGACGUCUUUUGGGUGGUGUGGCAGUCAAUCUUGGACAGGUUCCACACAUGGCUUCAUUGAGAUCACUAACGGAUGUUCACUUCUGUGGAGGAUCAAUUGUUUCAAAUCGAUAUAUUGUCACCACGGCUAUGUGUACCCUUGGACGAGCCCUAAACGGAGUCCGUGUCGUCGUUGGAACAGUUACAUUAAAUGCUGGCGGCGCAGCCCAUAUCAGCUCUAACAUAACCUACCAUCCCGCAUUCAACCGCGAAACGUUGGAAAAUGACCUCUCGCUUGUUUUCACAGCAACCGCAAUGGCUUUCACCGUCAAUGUUCAAGCGGUACCAAUCAGUGCAAAUAUAAUUGGCGGAAAUGUUGUGGUUCAAGUCUCAGGAUGGGGCACGAAUACCAUCGGCGGUGGUCAAGGACCCAACAACUUGCAGAGAAUGUCCACGACAACGAUUACUAACGAUGAGUGCCGUACGAGAUUACCGUCACGAAAUGCUGAACGUGUCAACGACCACAAAAUUUGCGCGUUAACCCGCUCUAGUGAGGGUAUUUGUUACGGUGAUGAGGGUGGCGGUUUGAUUGCUGGAGGACAGUUAAUUGGAGUUGCAUCUUGGCAUGUCCCCUGUGCCACUGGUGUGCCUGAUGUCUAUGAACGCAUUGCUGCUCACCGAUUGUGGAUUGCAAGUUUCAUCUAAAUUUUUUGAAUUAAAUCACCGUUAGGUGCGAUGUCGAAUGUUGACAAAAUCGUCAUGAAGAUUUAGAAUUAUAAGCUCAAACA